AUGCCCUUUCAAAGAGAAUGGAGUCCCCAAACACAGACUCUUGAAUUGGAAGAAAGCAGGGCAUUUGGCAAGAGAGUGGAAAAAAGCAAGGGGAAGAGGAAGUUAUUGUCUCCACUUGAUGCAGCGACAUUGAUACAGUUGAACUUCAGGGCUUACCUUAUUCGUAGGUCACAGGCUCUGCGUGCGCUUCGGGAACUGGCUAUUGCCAAGACCAAGUUGAAGGAGAUCAGGGCCUUGUUCAAUAACUUCUCUUAUCGUCGUCGCAUUUCCCAUGAUGCAGAAGAGCGCCAAAAGUUCUCGGAGAAGAUCAUUGUGCUGCUUCUCACUGUUGAUGCCAUUGAGGUAGCAUAG